UAAAAAGGCUAUUUAUAGAUUCGAAGUGUAAUAUAUGUCCACUUGACAAUAUAGUUGAUUGUAUUAACUAAAAGAACAUACCGCUAUUUAAUUGGCGAGGACUUGACUGUAGUUUAUUUUCUCCCUAUAGUGUUACAGUGUCUAAAAUAUUGUUUGCACCUGCUUCUUAACAUAAAAUUAUAGUAGACUGCUAGCACAAGCCUGCAGUCAAAAUGGCGUGUGCCGGAGGACAAUACCGGGGAGACGACGAUAGGAGGCAGCAUUUCUCAGAUUCAUUUGUUGACAACCUCUUUUGAACCCCGAGAAGGAGAAAAACAACAAGUCUGUUAAGAUGGAGGAAAAACCUGGGGGAUAAUUUUGGAUAACUCAUAUUUAUCAAAAAAAAAAAAAAAAAAAAAAAAGAAAAGAAAAAAAAAUGUACAGUUGUGACGCAAACUCCAAAACGGUGAUUUCAGUGUUAGCCUGAUAUGUAGCUGUCGCUCCAGCUCUCACUUUAGCUCUAAUUACAGCGUAUAAUUAAGACAUAACAUCAGGUACAGCUGGAUGGCCCUUUAAUGAAGCAGCAGGUGCUGUCUACUCUCCAGCUGCUCCUGGCCACUCCUUUAAAACAUGCUGCUGUGAGCUGAGCUCUGACACCAGACACUAUGUCUGAAUCGGCAUGUGAGCCCAGUCACUCCACAAAUGAAACCAGCAGCCAAAUGACACAAUGGGAAAAUGGCUCGGCCUCUCUUAAUCUAAUAAAGAAAGCAGUGGUGGUCUUGACCAGACUGCCUGAUUAUAAGAUCAGCGCCCUGCGACCGCCGACGCCUCUACAGUUCUACAGUGAAGAUGAAUUCUCCAGCAGCUCCGAUUCUGAUAUGCAGUGGCAACCAGAGGAUGAUUCCAGUGAUUCCGAUUUUUCGGUUUCGAACAAUAAUCAGAAAUCUGACAAGAACACCAGCGGUGACACAAGGAAACCCUCCAACAGCAGUGCUUCAUGAAACUACGAACAUCCGUCCUAACUUACCGCAGGAUGAAGUGAAAGUGGACAUGAUGGUCUUGGCCAGGAAGAAACACAUGAAGUGGCAGCGCGGGAAAAUAGUGGAGAUAAUUACAAAGGAAGAUGGACGGUUAAAGUACAAAGUUAGCUUUGAAGAAAAGGGGAAGAUUCUAGUAUCCGGUCGCCACAUUGCCUUUGACACCACACCGAAGGUAGAGCACCUUUUUGUCGGCACGCGGGUUGUCGUUCAGUGCCAGGAUAACAAGUUCCGGUUCCGGUCUGGUGUUUUAGCCGAGCUCCCCAGCAGAAAGAACCACUUCAGGUUCUUGGUCUUUAUGGAUGAUCACACGCCGGUCUAUGUCGGCUUACCUUUUUUUCACCUGGCUUGCAGACCGUUGGAAAACAUGUUAGAUGACAUUCCCGGCGGCCUUCAUAAGCAUUUCAUGGAACAGUACAUGAAGGACUGGCCGUACCCUCAUUUGACCAAAUACAGCGUUGGACAGAGCCUCAAUGCAGAAUACCUUGGAGAGCAGCAGAGGUGUGAGGUGCAGGUGAUCGACUGCAGCUUGAUACAGGUUGUCUUUCAGAGGUGCUUCUCAGGUUGUGGCACAGGAUUUCAGGAAGGUUUGAAAUUAUAAGGCUGACCAUCACAGAGAGUGGAUCUACAGAGGCUCCACACGCCUGGAACACGCACAAGCUAGGUUUUUGGAACUGAGCGUGAGGACAGAGGCCAUGAAUGAGUCUGACUCUGACUAAAUAUCCACAGAGAGUGGAUGCUGUGAAAAUACUGGGAAUAGCAUUCACAACCCCCAGGAAUGUGCCAUUGCAUCUCUUUGGAAGAAGAUUGGCUUGUGAGCGUGCAAAUAAAUGACUCGAGGAUAUAAGGAGGAGAUUUAACCUGUUUGAACGGGGUGUUAAUUUUGUCAUCUUUAAUUUCCUGCACAGCUGUGCAAAGUGACUGAGCGGACCAUCGCAUUGCCAAAUGAAACAAGACAAUUUUUCCUAGAAAACAUGUGAACGGUGAUUUUCUUUUUCAAUUUCUAAAGAAAUGCACUUUAUCUUUGCACAACUUUUAACAGCAAGGUUAAGCAGCUGUAUUUUUUUUCAACUUUUUUUUUGAACAGUUAUAUGUGAAAAUGUUCAUACCCUCAUUUAUUAACUUGGCCAUGAAUAGAAAUUUGUCUGAUUUGUGUUCAUUCACUUUUUUCAGUGUUGUUUUUUAUGAAUUGGGAACAAUUCAUAUAAACCUUUUUUCAUAUUUACAGAUUGAUAUGCAGUUAUGUCUUUCAUUUAUUUUGCCUUUGGUGUCUGUUAUGUUGCAUCCUUUGUCGUUCAAUAAUAAAAACAUUGCAUUGUA